GGAACGCAAUUUUUUCUUAUAACGCGGAUGCGAAUUGGAUAUAACACAAUAUAACACGAUCGAGUGACUGGAACGAUGUCGCGCGAAUAGGAAUAAGAGGUUGUACAGCUGCCUCGGCGUAGCGUCACAAUGCGGGUUGCGGCUGGAUGCUUCUAGAUGCUACCCACGUGCCUCGAUCUUUGUUCAGCCUGCGUACGCAUCUCACGUGUUAUCACGGACUGUGCUUUACCCUAUAUUAUAUAUAUUUUUUUAUUAUAACGCGGCUUUUCCAUAACGCGGUGUUCUUCAGGAACGCAACUACCAUGUUAUAGGAGAACAGACUAAACAAGAGAUGGAUGAGACCUGGAGAUGAAGAUGUACAAGUUAGACGUGCCUCAUGUGAUGUCAUAACGUCUGUUCACGUGACAUGAUGUCACGCUGCCCGCCAGCACAUGCUGAAUGUGUGAAUGCGGCUCACUAGAAAUAUAGUUGAAGAACCCUCAUGUAGAAGAACCAUAGGCUGAUGGGCUAAAUUGUUAUUUUAUUAUUGCAUGGACAGACAGUGACAGUUAUUUUAGCGCUGCAGCCUUGAUUUUUAACUGCCACCAUCUGUACGUAUACCCGCCCGCAGGACAGGAAGGCGAAUAUGCCGACUAUGGUGAGAUGGCGGGAGGAAUUGCGGGAGAGACAGCAGGAGAGACGGCGGGCGACAUGACGAGCGAAACGCCAUCGCAGUCGUGGGGAGAAGUGGAGGUAACACUGGAAGACUCGAGUGGUGAUGAGAUGAAUUCUGGCAAGCGCAAGCAAGCGUACCUGACACCCGGCGCGUCACCGCUGCUCCGGAAGAGGAUCGUGCUGUCCCUGGAGACGAAAUUGCGCAUCCUACGGCGUCUGGAGAAGGGCGAGACAGCCAAGCAGCUCGCGUUGGAAUUCAACUUGGGCCACCGCACCAUCUACGACAUCAAGAAGGCCAAGGAGAAGCUGUGGCGGCUCAACAAGGUGCUGGAUGUCGACACGGGGCUCUCGUACAUGAAAGUGAUCCGCGAGUCGCGCUUCCCGCAGCUCGAGGAGGCCGUGUACAAGUGGUUCCGGCAGCACCGUGCCAUGGGCCUCCCCAUCACCAGCUCCAUGCUCAUCGAGCAGGCGCGGCACUUUCACGAACACCUGGGCCUCACCGAGCCAUUCGCCGCAAGCGCCGGCUGGCUCCGUAACUUCAAGCGGCGCUACUGCAUCGGCGAGCUGGGCGUGUCGGGCAUGGACCUGGGGCGGGAGAGCUUCGUGAGCACCCUGGCGCACGCCAAGGAGGACUUGGCCAACCCGCUAGCACGCGUCCGCAUGGGCGGCGCCUUCCCUGCGCCGUACCCCCAGGUGGUGGUGGAGAAGGUGUCGGACGAUGCGGCGGAGGCCCUGGCGGCGCGGGAGAGCUUCAUGAAAUUCCUGGAGGAGCAGGGGUUAAGCCCACAGCAGGUGUACGCCGCCACGGAGACGGGGCUCUACUGGAAGAGCCUCCCCGCGCGCACCGCCGCCGGGAACUGCCGGGUCGGCAGGGAUCGCAUCGCGCUGCUCCUGUGCGCCAGCGCAGCAGGUGCACACCGGCUGCCCCUCGCCGUCGUGGGCAGGGCUGCCCACCCGAGGGUGUUCAGGAACCUGGACGUGAGCCUGCUACCCGUGCACUACUACAACCACAGGCGUGCGUGGGUCACCACCGACAUCUUCCGCCGCUGGUUCCGCGAAAGGUUCGUGCCGGAGGUGACGCAGAACCUGGAAGCGCUGGGGCUACCGCCCAAGGCCGUGCUGCUGCUUGACAACUCACCCGCACACCCCGACGACGGCUCGCUGUGCUGCGGGGACAUCACCGUCUUCUAUCUCCCCCCGAACUUGGCGCCAGCGCUAAAGCCCCUGGAGCAGGGCGCCGUAGGCCACCUGAAAGCGCUGUACCGCCGUGAAGUGGCGCGCGGGAUUGCCUUGGGCGUGGAUGCCGACCUGCAGUCCUACUGGAAAGACUUCACCGUGAAGCACGCCCUGUACACUGUCGCCACCGCCUGGGACGCUGUGCACGAGAGGACGCUGCAGCGCUGCUGGAGGAAGCUGUGGCCGCGUGCGUGGGGGGUGGCUGAGCCCGGUAUCCCCGACCUUGCUGCCAGGGGAGAGGCGGCGGGGGGAGCGCACGGGGAGGGAACACGCGGGGUGCAGGAAGACGAGGAGGGACUGAGUGUGCGCAGCUUUGUGCAGGUGUUACGCGCCGUGCCGGGCUGCGACCGCGUCGGGGAGAGCGACGUCGCCGAGUGGUUGGAGGUGGACGCCGCCGACCCGGGGCGCGCGCCGCUCGGUAGCGGCGCAGGCGGACGCGGCGCCGAUGGCGGCGGCGACGCCAGCGACGGCGACAACAGCGAGCAGGAGGAGGAGACGGUGCCCGUGAGCCGGAUCACUCACAAGGAAGCGGUGCGCGUGCUGAGCCGCGCCAUCGAGUACGCGCAGGAGCAGGCCGACACGGACCACAGCGAGGUCUACCUGCUUAUGGCGCUCAGGGACCAGGCGCUGAAGAAGCACAAGCAGCACGCACGUCAGAGGGUACUGGGCUACGCCGUCCCUCCUCCGGCCGCACCCUCAACGUUGCGGCAGUGACCGCUAGACCUGAUCAAUGCCGCCACCUUCCUAAGAUGUUAUUCCGCUCCGUAACGUUACGUUUGGUUGUUUCGCUUGCGUCUUUACGCUGCUGACGGUCCCAAGCGCAGGAGUUUGAUUAUUUGGCUGCGCUGCAUCAUGAGAAGUACCCACAAUGCCAUGGGAACAUUACCGGAGCACAUGUUACUCAAAGUAGCCUGGUUUGCGUGCGGGUUUACGCGUCUAAAGUUGUAUGAGUGUUUCUGGAGGAGCUGUCUUUUUUACGAGUGGUGCGAUAUAUCCAGCAGAACCGUGCGAUGAAAUGCACAAUUUCUGGAUAUGAUUUAAGGUAUUUUAUUGAUUUUAUUUGGCUUGACACUGUAAAAACAUGGUGUGAUUUGUGGGGAGUGGUGUCAUUGUACUUACACUACAAUCCCAGCUGUCAAAGUUAAACUUCUUAGCACUCUCAGCAAUUUUACCUAAUGGGUCUCUCCUCUUGGUUGACAGCAUGAUUGUCUGGUGCCAUGAGUCCAAAGGAAAUAAUUGUUGGUCAAACCACCCCAUCGUGCAAUUUGCUGGCCCAAAUAGGUGUUUGCUAACAUAAUUUAGUCCCAACAAUUAUAAGCAGGCCAAAAGGGCGUAUUGCUAUCAACGUAUGAGACUUGCGUUGUAAAAGAGACAUUAAAAAUCGCUUAUUCACAUUGAAGCCAGGGCUCUGUGAAUAGUAGCUCGUCUUGCGGUGCUUGAAAGUAGUCAAAACACCAUUGGUUACCCAUUGUAACUUGGUUGCUUGCAACUGAAUGCCUUACAUGGUGACGUCUGCCAAUAGUUGCAGACCGGUUACAGUUGAGACACUCGACUUUGGAGUUAUCUGCUCAGUGAAAUGUCGUAACAUUUUUCAUAUGCACAUUUGGGAACUAUGUUACAAUCCUGAAUACGCCGUUUAAUUUCCUAUUUUUGGGCUCAGAUGUGGACAAAUCAAAUCACAGUUGAUUUGGUUGUGCUAGUUCAAAAGCAAUUUGGACAAAUGAUCGCACUUAAGUGUGAACCUAGCAUCAGACUGCAAAUAUCACUCUUGAUAGUAAGCAGUAGUGGCUCAAUACUGGGUUUUUGCAUCAUGUUAGGUGCCUGACAGUAUUUGUGAGUUUUAAAAGGUAUUUUUUAGUUGAUACCAAAAUCAUGUUUGGUGAUUAGCAGACGUAAGGGGAAUUAUGUUUGUUGAUUUCCUUCAUUCGGAAUGUUAUUUCAUAUUUAUAGUCUCCACAAAUACGUAUGUUGAAGUUCUUCAGCACUGUCUGUAGCCAACCAUGCUAAUCGGAGAUGCGGGGGAAGGACAGUAAACUAAAGACAAAAAUAAGUUCGGAAGAAAUUAAUUUUCAAUCUCGAAAAUUUGUUUUCAAUCUAAUGUGCUGUCCUAUACAAUCGUGCGGUGGUUAAACAGAUAAUUCAGAGAAACAGUUGACGUAUGGAUAAGGUUUCUCAGUACAAAGAACCACAUACAGGUUUACCUCGCUUUAUGAAGUAGAUGAGUUCCAAAAAAAGGGCACACAGAUCGAAACAGCACGAGACGGCUGCUGGUCGAGUCGCGUCUCACACGUCCAAUCGCGUAGCCGCAUGAGUGAAUUCAAAGAGCAUAGAGCGAACUUGUGGUCUAAAGAGGCUCAUCGCACGCACGCAUGCGAACUUGGACAAAUUUAACCCACGUAAAGCGAGGGAAACCUGUAUUAAAAUGUGCUAAAGUCUACUGAUGUGUUGUGCACGUACAACCUGAACACGGUCCAUCACUCUCACAGGGUUGAUCAAAUGGCUUUCCGACUUAGUACUGUCGCGCUCAUACAUUUGUCUCGUCGUUUGAUCGUGUGGAACACGUUUCCUGCUCUGACGAAUAAAUUACGACGUAAGCAGUCGCGCCCUUCGGCGUGUAAGAAGGUCGUUUUGACGCAAGCUCGGAAUUAAAUGAAAAUAAGUAAACUGCCUCGUCUCUGUGCUCUUUGUGUGUUUUUAUUGACAUGAAUUCCUGCAGUCAUUCAAGAUUUGUAGAGACCUGUCGCCGAAAUAACGCUUUGGUUUUUUUCCAUAAAAAAAUUAUGAUGUAUGUUGGUCUAGAAGGUCCAUGGGUUGGACUGUUGUAACUUAACGGUUCAUACUCUUUGGUUCUUUCGGUAAAGUCACGUAGGUAUAAAAUAAAAUAAAUUAAAUCAUCAGGUGGGAAAACCACAGCACCUGAUGAUGAUUGCUUGUGUUGCAAUCGAAACGUCGUGAUUUAAUUUAUUUUAUACCUACGUGACUUUACCCGAAAGAACCAAAGAGUAUAGAUCCCUGCAGUCACGAAAACUUCAAAUCUAGAUUUAUUUUUUACGGUUCAUACUUUUGUAGGUUUAAUCAUCUUAGCCAUGAACUUUAUGACCAGAUGAGAGCUCGUUGAGACAACGUCCUCUAUUGUUCAGAAACCUGGGGUGCAAAUAAAAGGUACAAAAUACCAAUCUAGGAAAACUCUAAAAAACAAAGUUUUGAGAAAAAUAAAUCCCAAGAAAAAACAAUGCGAGCAGGAUAGCCUCAUUUGCAUGAGGGAUCUGGGUCACUGAAACGUUGGAAGUGGAAUGCACACCCCAGGCCACACACGAUGCUGUGGGCGACCUGUUCACUACAAAAUAAAUAAAGUGCAACAAUGAAGCAAAAGGAAAUCUGAUCUUUUCAAAACUGCGUAACAAAAAAAGCCACGCAGAGACAACACAUCCAGACAUUUCAGCCACGGCGGAGGCGAGUCUGCAAGCAGAACACCAUCGCUCUGGUCUUGAUAACAUGA